AUUGCUUGCGCCUGCAUCUUCUUGGCAGCCUGCAAACUAGAUGUGCCUCUCCCGCUUCACCCAGCCUGGUACGAAAUGUUCAACGUCGACGACGAGUCUGUCCGUGAAGUGGCUUUCAUGCUCAUUCGACUUUAUGCCCGGCCUAAACCAGAUAUUUUUUAUUUGGAGGAGAAAUUGGCUGAUCUGCGUCGCUCCCGAGCUGAGGCCCGAGAGCUAGGUCAACAAGCUAAACAAAGUUUGACAUAUAGCAGUGGCCAAAGCACGCCUAAUCCAACAUCUACUGAAGCUGGCUCAGCUGCUAUCUCUCCAGGAAAUGUAGAGCUUGCUCCCUCCAACGCGAGUAACACGCUUACAUCAAAUCCCAACCUAGCCAACGCCGUUGCCACAGCCAUGGCUGUGGCUGCUAAUAUUGUCGCUGCCAAGUCUAAUUCGGGUUUGGCGUCUUCCAUAGUACCUAGUGAUCCUAGGCCUUCCGUGAAUCCUGUUAAGCUUGCGUCUGCCUUCCAACAAGCUGCGCUUACCAAUGGCAAGGCGGAUCCAUCGGCCAAGGAACCGGACUUCAUAUCCCCCGGAGAAGCCUCCAGCUCAAGUGGGGGUGGGGGCGACACAAAGGCUCGACUAAUGACAGCUAGUGCUGCCGAUUCUUAUCGUGAUAAUCGUUCCUCUAAGAAAUCUACAUAUGGUCUAGCUAAAGAAGCCAAGAGGGAACAUGGUGGUUCAUCUUCCACACAUAAACGUAGACGUCCUUCUAGAUCUAGGUCUCCAGCUCCACUUCCAUAUGGAGAAAAGGUUCAACGUGUCAAGAAUUCUGAAUCUAGUAGCCAUUCUCGAACCGUUCAUAGCAGCUCUGUUGCUGAUGUAGAAAGAAGUCGUCCCAAUCAGGAUACAAACAAGUCGAUUUCUUCAAUCAGCCGUAGCGGUGACGUAUCACCUCAUUCCCAAUGUGAUGAUAUCUCUUUAUCUUCUGCCAUAUUCGACUCCAGCCAGCUGGCUUUCAUUUCUCGUCUCCGC